AUGAGAAGUUUCUCGCCACAGGUUGCAUCUCCGUCUGCGUACUUCUUUGCUCUGUGCUGUACUCAAGUACAGAGAGCAAGAGGGAGACGUGCUGGCGCUGGUGGGGAGAAGUUCUGGGGAGGGACAAAUUCUGGGGCGGUGAGUUCCCUCAUCUGCGUUGGGACCUCUCGGGGCAGGUCUCAGGUAGCCGAGGGGACCGGGAGGCAGGGGGGCGAGCGCGCUGCCGCUCGGUUCCGCUGCACGGCCGAGGAGCUGGACUACUACCUGUAUGGGCAGCAGCGCAUGGAGAUCAUCCCUUUGAACCAGCACACCAGUGACCCCAACAACCGAUGUGACAUGUGUGCCGAUAACCGCAACAGCGAGUGCCCCACGCACGGCCCCCUCCACCCCCUCCGCCGUCUGGUGGGCACCAGCAGUGCUGCCGCAGCAGCCCCUCCGCCCGAGAUCCCAGAGUGGUUGCGGGACCUGCCCCGGGAAGUGUGUCUGUGCACCAGCACGGUGCCCGGCCUGGCAUACGGCAUUUGUGCGGCGCAGCGGAUCCAGCAGGGCACCUGGAUCGGGCCCUUCCAGGGCGUCUUGCUCUUGCCAGAGAAGGUUCAAGCGGGAGCCAUCAGGAACACUCAGCAUCUCUGGGAAAUAUAUGACCAAGACGGGACACUGCAGCACUUUAUUGAUGGUGGAGAACCCAGUAAGUCAAGCUGGAUGAGGUAUAUCCGAUGCGCAAGGCACUGCGGGGAACAGAACUUAACAGUGGUUCAGUACAGGUCAAAUAUAUUCUACCGGGCUUGCAUAGAUAUCCCCAGGGGCACUGAGCUGUUGGUGUGGUACAAUGACAGCUACACAUCUUUCUUUGGAAUCCCUCUCCAGUGCAUUGCACAAGAUGAAAAUUUGAAUGUCCCUUCGACUGUAAUGGAGGCCAUGUCCAGACAAGACACCCUACAGCCAUUUAAUAAAAGUAGCAAACUAUCCCCUGCCACUCCACAGCGAUCCAUAGUAUUUCCACAGACUCCGUGUAGCAGAAAUUUUUCUCUCCUGGAUAAGUCUGGGUCCAUCGAGUCAGGAUUUAACCAGAUCAGUGUCAAAAACCAACGAGUUCUUGCAAGCCCAACUUCAACAAGCCAACUAAAUUCUGAGUUCAGUGACUGGCAUCUUUGGAAAUGUGGGCAGUGCUUUAAGACUUUCACCCAGCGGAUCCUCUUACAGAUGCAUGUGUGUACGCAGAACCCUGACAGGCCCUACCAGUGUGGUCACUGCUCCCAGUCUUUCUCCCAACCUUCAGAGCUGAGGAACCACGUAGUUACGCAUUCCAGCGACAGACCUUUCAAGUGUGGCUACUGUGGUCGUGCUUUUGCUGGUGCCACAACCCUCAACAACCACAUCCGGACACACACUGGAGAAAAGCCCUUCAAGUGCGAGAGGUGUGAGAGGAGCUUCACACAAGCCACCCAGCUGAGUCGACACCAGAGGAUGCCCAAUGAGUGCAAGCCAAUAACAGAGAGCACAGAAUCAAUUGAAGUGGAUUAA